AAAAUAUGUAAAAGGCAAAAUAGGGGGGUGCAUUCUUGUUUUUGCACCUGAAAAACACAACAUACAUAAGAGAUAAAUAGUCUUUUCUCCUAGGUUUCUUUCUCCGGUGACCGUCGUCGCACGGUUCACCCUAGACAGGAAAAUUAGGAACUAUAAUUUUUGAGAAUUCAGAAUGUUCCAAUUUUCCUAUUGAAAAUUUGAUGAUAGAGUUAAUGAGUGCGUAGGUAUUAUUUGAAUCGUCUCGAAAAAUUUCAUAUUAGAGGUCCAAAUUGCAGGCCAUAAUAUAUUUAUUGUAUUGAUGAUUUUUGAGAAAUUGUGCCUAAGAUAUGAUAUUAGGUAGAUUAGUAAAAAGAGGAUGGAUGCAUUGGUUUUCAUGUUGCAUGCCUGUGGAUGACAACAAUCAUAUUAGCUCUUUGGAAAAUAGCAUCAUUCAACCCUAUAAAGAUACCAAAUCUCCAGCACAAUUUGCCAACAUUUCUUUUAAAACUGAUAGCAGCAGAAGGAGAUACAUAGCGGCAGAAAUAGAAAAGUUUGGAAAAGGGAACAUUUCAACUCAAGCCUUCACAUUCCGCGAGCUGGGUCUUGCAACUCAAAACUUCGACUGUGAAUGUUUGCUUGGUUCAGGUGGUUUUGGUAAAGUGUACAAAGGCCAUAUUAGAAGCAAGAAUAUGGAUGUUGCAGUGAAGCAACUUGACAGGAAUGGUUUCCAAGGAACUAAAGAGUUCCUUGUGGAGGUCCUGCUGUUGAGUCUUCUCCGGCACCCUAACCUUGUCAAUUUGGUAGGAUACUGUUCAGACGGUGAUCAGAGAAUAUUAGUUUACGAGUUCAUGCCAAAUGAUUCUUUAGAAGGUCAUCUUCUUGACCUUGGUCCAAAUCAAAAGCCACUUGAUUGGCAUACGCGGAUGAAAAUUGCCGCAGGAGCAGCAAGAGGACUUGCAUACUUGCAUGAAACAGCUCAGCCUCCGGUGAUUUAUCGAGACUUUAAAUCAUCCAACAUACUUUUAGAUGAGAAUUUUGAUCCCAAGCUUUCCGAUUUUGGACUUGCCAAGCUAGGUCCAACAGGUGACAGUACUCAUGUAUCCACCCGGGUUAUGGGAACCUAUGGUUAUUGUGCACCUGACUAUGCUUGCACAGGUAAACUGACUGUUAAGUCCGAUGUUUAUAGCUUCGGGGUAGUCCUUUUAGAAAUAGUCACCGGAAGAAGAGUCAUCGACAGCUCCAGACCUAGCGAAGAAAAGAACCUUGUCAAGUGGGCACGGCCGCUGAUCCUUGACAAGAGGAAGUCACACUUAAUAGCAGAUCCAUUGCUACAAGGGAAUUACCCGAUGAAGGCAUUGCAUAAAGCUCUAACAGUUGCAGCAAUGUGCCUGCAAGAGGACUCCAGAAUGCGACCUCUAAUCAGCGAAGUAGUGAACGCGUUAGAGUUUAUAUUGAAUAUCAAGAAACACGACGAUGAUCAUAAGGAGGAAAAUGCAGAAGACACUAGCAAAUCACCACCUGCAUUGCAAACUAUUAGAAGUCAUGUUGAUCGUAUUGCAAGUGAUAAAUCAAACAGUGAUAGAGAAAGAUACUAAACACUUCCAUUUCUUGAGUGUUUUAUCUGGUCUUUAUGUAGUGUUUUGUCAGUAUGAAUGUUUGUAGAUUUCUUAUACACAGGUCAUCGAGUUACACUGAUAAUGUAAAAAUUCUUUAUACUAUCAGUAUAUAACUUUUUUGUAUCGAUCAUCAAAGUACAUUAUGAUUUUCUCAAUACUUCUAUUGAAAUUGGCUCUGUAUCAAUGAAAUUUCAUCGCCGGUACUUAA